AUGUCCAAACCUCAUAUUUUCUCUCUUACAUUUUUCUAUUCUUUCUACCUUUCUUUUUUAUACUCUCUUUCUUUUUUGUUUUCUUUUAAUUAUUUCUUAUUUAUUCAUAUGUCUCUUUUUUUUUCUCUCUUUCAAUGUUGCUCUUUCUCUCUUUUAAUUCUUAAUUCUUCCUCUGUUUCUUUAUUUACCCAACCACCCGGUGAUAUUCAUUCUUUCUUUCUGAAUCAUCCAUUUUGUUUGUCUGCUGGUUUCUUUCAUUAUUUAUUAGUUAAUUUUAUUUAUCACUGUCCCUUUCUCAUCAUAAUUUUUCAUUCUUUCUUUUCUUCGAACGUAACUUUCCUUUGUUCUUUAUUUCCUGAUUACUCGCAUGCAAUUCUCUAUCCAGUAUUACCGCCUGCCCCCAAGUAUUCUCACUCCGUCUUUGUAUUUCUAAAUUCUUCAUAUUCCUCUUUUUUUUUCAUAAUUUCACUGUUCUUUUUUUCUAUCAUUCACUCUCCAAAUUUUACUCAGGUCGCUGUUUUUCCCCGCUGUGACUCUUUAACGUGUAAUUUUUUUUUCAGAACAGAAAUGAUGGAUGCACAUUCUAUAAGGGUGAAAGAAAACGGAAGUUUCUGGUCAGACCAGGAUAAGCAAAAUUCUUAG